GGAUUCUGUUGUCGGUCUUGUCGGAAUCGUUUAUAGUGUAGUAAAAUUUGCUUUGGAGACGAGUGGAUGGAUGUGAAAUUAUUUGCAAUUGAAGACCAUGGCAGCAUUAUUAAAGAAGAGAGCGCUGGCUGAAUACUGCCAAACUCAAACAAUAGUGGAAGAUGGUCCCAAACCAGCUCCAACCAAGCGGCUUCAUCUGGUUCGCCGCAGUAAGACGGUGGACCACAGUGAAUUCAGCACCUCAUCCUUGGACACUACAGAUCCCCAACAGCUCCUCCCAGCCCUUGUCAGUCUUCACAGUUCUCUACCAUUAACUGGUGACUCCCAAAUUGAGGUGGUGCAGGAAUUGAUGAAGCUGCUUCUCAAUGAUACUCUUCCACCUUUCAUUACCACCAAGGUGCUUGCCCUCCUUGCUAAUAUCAUCACAAGCCAUGCACAAGCUCAGCCUGUAUUUGAAGAAGUGAUGAGGGUAGCUCAAAGAACCAAGUCAAAAAAGGUGCUUGCCCAAGUGAUUCAUUCUGCAUGUGCAUUAUCUCAGUGCAUUCCUCCUGAUCCUAAACUUCAAGAUCAAGUGAUCCAGUUGGCACUCUCCCACAUUACCACCACAAAGUUCAUAAUAUUGGUACGCUCUCUUGAAGCAGUGGGAACCUUGUGUCCAGGAGAGACAGGGCGUGUCCAGUCAUCAAUCAUGAAUACUCUCAUUGAGCACACAUCCCACCAGGACAAUAGAGUCAGAACAGCUGCCUUUAAUGCUCUUAUGGUGGUCCAAGAGAAGGGAGUAAAGCUGCCAGCAGAAGUGUAUGAUAGUGCUUGCAAAGCUCUUAGUGAUGAUUACCAGUGUGUGCGAGCUGCUGCACUUUUCUUAAUCAAGGUGGCGGCUGAGAGUGACCCUGAGCGUUUAGUACCCAUUCCUGACAGUGACCUUCACAUGCGGUUGGUGGAUCAUGCCUUUUCUCAAAUAUGUAAUGUUGUUAAUGACAUCAAUGUAAGAGUGAGAACUCAAGCAGCCUCUCUCCUUGGCUCCAUGUCUGGAAUAUCAGAGAAGUUCCUGCAGCAAACACUGGACAAGAAACUAAUGUCCAAUAUGAGGAGGAAGCCAUCAGCUCAUGAGCGGGCAUUGGCAAUGCUGUCAUCGGGUGAGUGGUCAUCAGGAAAGCGUUGGGCAGAUGAUGCACCAAAAGAACAUGUUGAAGCUGAUUCUGUCUCCAUUAUCAACACUGGUUCUUGUGGUGCUAAUGUUCACGGUCUAGAAGAUGAGUUUUUGGAGGUUCGUAAUGCAGCCCUUGAUGCAAUAUGCUCCUUGGCCCUGAAUAAUGCACAGUUUGCCAAUCAGUCACUGGACUUUCUGGUUGAUAUGUUUAAUGAUGAGAUUGAAGAAGUUCGUCUCAAAGCUAUCCAGGUACUCCAGCAGAUAGCUGGUCACAUUAUCUUGCGAGCUGACCAGCUAGAGGAGAUCCUACACGCCCUCAAGGAUGCAUCAUUGGAUAUACGUGAAUCUCUGCACACCUUUCUUGGCACUACUGUGCUUUCCACUAUCUCCUCUGUCAAGAUUUGUGUUUCCAGCCUCCUAGAUAAUCUCCGCAGAUACCCUCAGGAUCGUCGUAGUAUCCAUCGAUGCCUACGACAUGUUGGACAAAAUCACCCUAUCCAUGUGCAAGCCCUUGUCUCUCAGUUGUUGGCUGUGCAUCCCUAUUUUGAUGGUGUUGAGCCCAGUGUUCAAGAUGGAGAAUAUAUUUGCAAGCUGAUCUUGGUUCUGAAUGCAGCAGUUCAAUGCCCUACCAUCCUGCCUCUUUUGGAACAGCACACCAUUCGUCACUAUGCAUACCUGCGAGACACCAUACCUCAGCUGGUGCCAGUACUCAAGCUUGGUGAAGAUCGGCAGCCAUCAAGAGAAGUAGUGUCAACAAAUACAUUACGUUUUCUGAGGGAGUCAAUGCAAAGAGUCAGCUCUAUGGACCAAUCAUCAACCAAGAUGCGUAUGACCAUCUAUCAGACAGUUCAUUCUGAUUUGGUUAAGCUUGCUGAUAUUGAUCCAGCUCUCUCUCCUGCUGCACAUUUUGCUGCAUUGUAUACACAGUGUAUGCUUUUGUUCACAAAAAUAUUGUCUACAAGGAACUGGCUGACUCCAUCAUCAUUAUCACUGCAACAAAGUGGAGCCCUCAAGAGUAAUGUAGAUCAGCUGCUAAAACAUACAUUUCGACUACGUCAUGCCUUUACAAAUUUGAGUCCUGCAGAGGAAGCAAGCAUCAGAAAUCUCAGAGUUCGUACACUUGCACUGCAGUUAGUAUAUGUAGUUCAUGGGUCAACAGGCUCAGCUCUUGGUCUGUGUGAUAACUUCUUAGAGCACACAGAAGCUCUUCAUAGAUAUCUCACAGAUGAAAAGUUAAGUGCAGACUCCUUCUUGGAGGCAGUGUUUGCAGAACUCAGUCAGCUGGAAGAGCCACGUCCAGGAGCUGUUGCCCGCAUCCUGCAGCCACUUCUCCUAACUUAUCCUGUACCUGCACUGGGUCCUAUCACCAAUCCUGCCCAGGUUCACAUGUGCUCAGCAGAGAUUAUUGAACCACAACCAGACAGUGAAACUAUCCAUAAGCUUAGUGCUGGAUUAGUCGUGGGUGUACAUCUUGAUUCAGAAAUAUCUCACAUUCCUGAUCCAUCAACAUUGCGGAUACGAGUGGCUUACCCUGACCAUUCCACCCAUCUCAUUGUCCCUCCCAGAAACCAUCUUCGUCUAGUGUCUCCUGGAACUUAUCGUCUGCUUACAACGGUUUUAAUUUCUGCACAAGUGUCGUGGUCUGAAGCUUGUCAUGUGGGGUUGUCUUUAGUAUUGGAUCUAAGUGACCAAGAAGUUCUUUCUGCUCGAAGACAUUCAGUUGCCAAAGCUGAUGAUUCUGCUACAAUAAUCCAGCUUGUCAAGCCAGUUAAAGUUUUGGUUUGGCCAAAAUCUAUCAGAAAAGGUAUCUAAAACCAUUACUUUGAAAUAUGUUUGCAUAGGUUUUUUUUUCUUUUCAACAGGAACUAUUAUAGCAAUUUUUUGUGUGAGACUUAUUGCAUAUCAUCAUUGUUUAGUUCAGACAAUUUUUGUCAGUUCCUGUCUUCAUUGAUUCUACUUUAUCUUUUAUACAAUAUAAAUUUAACAUUGAAAAAAAACAUGUAUAUAUAAUAUACAGUGGUACUUUGA